UUUCUUUUAAAACAGAUUUUGUGAUUGAUCACAUAACCGCUUUUCAGAUUCUUCGAUAGGGUUUGAAAAUGGGGCCGGAAUCUCGAUCGACGCCGAUAUCAUCAUCGUCGCCAGCUUCGUCUUCCUCACCGAGCGGGAAACGAACAAGAGAUCCAGAAGACGAGGUGUAUCUCGAUAACCUCCGUUCCCAGAAACGUUACCUCAGCGAGAUAAUGGCUUGCAGUUUAAACGGACUAACAGUGGGAGACUCAGUCUCCGUCAACAUGUUAGACUCUCCUACUCGCUCUGAGUCCUUUCUUUCUCCCAACUACCACUACAGGGAUGACAUGCCACUACAAUACUCUCCCAUGUCUGAAGACUCUGAUGAAACCAGAUUCUGUGAGGACCCAAUAACAAGCACUAGCUCAUCUCAACCCGAGAGCCGUCCCACUAGUCCUGUCUCACCUUACAGAUACCAAAGACCUUUUACUUCAACAACCUCAUACUAUUCACAUACGUGCCCUGUCUCCAUGAGCACUAAUGCAACUAGUACUACUCCACAGUCUCGCCAAAGAGGUUCGGAUACUGAAGGAAGGUUUCCGUCGUCGCCUAGCGAUAUCUGCCAUUCGAGUGAUUUGAGGAGAACCGCUCUUCUCAGGUCUGUUCAGAUGAGAACACAGCCUUGUGGUCAUGCUUCAAGUUCUGGGACGAGCAGUGUUGACGGUGGUGAAGAGAGGAUGUGUUUUAAGUCUAUGGAAGAAGAUAAUAGAGGGGAAGAUGUCUCUUACACCGAAGUCUCUGGUAAGAGCAAGUCUUGUAAAGCACUGGACAUGAGACUAUGUGAAAGAUGAUGAAAUACAAUAGUCUCAAUCUCAACAAACGUUUUCUUCUGACUUAUCCACGUUAUAUAUGGAUUGCAAUGAAAAACACUCCAUUAAAGCUCUCAUAUGUCUAUCAAUGCAUUUGGUUGUGGAACCUUUCAUCUUCAAUCUCAUGGAAGAUCUUUCACUAAA